UUGUCGAAAAUUCAGCAAACAUGGCGGCCAGCACAGCAAAACUUGACGGGUUGACCCAAAAUGAAGCUCAUUUUACCACUUUUAUGGAGGAGGUGAAGGCUAUUGAAGAACGAGAUGCUGUACUGACUCCAAAACAACAAAUAGAUAGGCUACUACGGCCAGGUAGCACCUACUUUAACCUCAAUCCCUUUGAGGUAAUCCAGGUUCCUCCUGACAUGGGCAUUGAUGAUAUCAAGAAGAAAUACAGAAGGUUGUCUAUCCUGGUUCAUCCGGACAAAAACAUCAACGACAGAGAUCGAGCCCAAAAAGCUUUUGAAGUUUUAACCAAUGCUAUGAAGAUAGUUGAGGAUGAAGAGAAGAGAACAAGCAUGCUAGCCAUCAUUCAAGAAGCCAAAGAGAAAAAUGAGUUCUUGUUAGAAGAGAAGAGGAAAAAGAGGAAGAAGGAAGGUCAGUCCACAGAGAUUGAAGAAGAUGAUCCAGAGAAGUUUAAAGAAACUCUUUACAAGACCACAGUGAAGCUUUUUGCUGACUAUGAGAUCCGUCGAAGGGAGCUUGCUGAGCGAGAUGCAGUACUCAGAAAACGAGAACGAGAAGAAGAGAUUGUACAAGAAGAGAAAGUCAAGAAGCAAAAGGAGUGGGAGAAAGAAUGGGAGGUACAUAAAAGCCGAGAUGACCGAGUAGAGAGUUGGCGAGAUUUUAAGCAAGGUGGGAAGAAGAAGAAGAAGAUCAAAAACAGAAUGGCAUUCAAACCACCCAAGCCCAAACUAGAACAAAGAUGAUAUUAACUACUUCAUGAUAAACACUGUAAAUAUUACUUCAAAUUUAAAGUACAACGAUAGUUUGUAGAUGUGUUGGUUACUUUGCAGGCUGUUAACUUUUUGUAUGAAUACCUUUGAUUUGAAACUUUAAAACUUUGGAAGUAUAUAUAAACAAGGUGGGGCCAGUUGAAACUUGAAGCUGAUUGCUUUCCAGGUAACAUUAAUCUGAAAUGGCUAGACUGUGAUGAAUGUUUCAAGCUUGUUGCAUUCCAAUACCACUGAUGUUUCAUCAACUUUAUUUGUUUGGACUAAUUAAUCCGUCUAAAUUCAUCAAAUCUAGACAAGUUUGUAUCUGACAGUUAAUUAGAUUCAAAAUGGAUUCCCAUUGAAUCAUAAAAGCUUAACAACACAGAAAGGGAUCUCUUGAUGAACUGAUUCAUUGCCCUUAUAGACAAAUUGUUUUACUCCCUCGGAAUUAUCUGAAAGUUUUUCCAUAGUUCAUAUGGGCAGUGUUUCUGCACGGUAUCAUUACACAUGAACAAUUCUGGAGUUUAAAUCUUUCAUGAUAUGUAAUGUCACGAGUUAGCAUGGAUUUUUGCUUUUGACAUUUUGUACUAAACAUUACUGAGGGAUCUUCUCUUGACAACAACUUGUGCUAACCCUUUAAGAACAUAAUGAUGACCAUACUAGAAGAAUUGAGCAGGAAAGCAGAGACAAGAAAAUUGGCAUAGAAUUUGUUUCACCAAGAAAUAAAACAAUAAAGUACCUGUACACAGCCAAUAAUGUGAACAGACAACCUUA